AUGAGGCAACUCAAAUUUCACGAACAAAAGCUGCUUAAAAAACACGAUUUUCUGCAGUGGAAGAAUGAACACAACCUUCGAGAAAUUCAAGUCAUGCGCCGAUAUCACAUUCAGGACCGUGAUGACUAUCAAAAAUACAAUGUGCUGGUCGGCAAGACACGCCAGCUAGCCCUUCGUCUAUCGACUUUGUCUGCGUCUGAUCCAUUCCGUGCGCGGCAUGAGUCAAUGAUGCUGAACAAGCUGUACGAUAUGGGCUUACUUGACACCGGUGCGAAAAUGAGCGACAUUAUGGAGCGGCUGAACGUAAGCGCAUUUUGCCGACGGCGUUUACCUGUUGUGAUGGUGCGUCUUCACAUGAGUGAAAGUGUAUCACAGGCUGUCAAGUAUGUCGAGCAGGGACAUGUGCGUGUUGGCCCUGAUACUAUAACAGACCCAGCGUUUCUUGUGACGCGGUCGAUGGAGGACUUUGUCACAUGGGUCGAUACGUCUAAGAUCCGUCGUGCCAUUGCGAACUACAAUGACGAGCUGGAUGACUUUGACUUGCUAUGA